AUGCCCCUCUUCCCAAACCUGCGGGCACACCAGGUCUUUGGAGCCAACACGGAGGUGGGCAAGACCCUCCUCACAACAGCCCUCCUCAGAGCAUCAGCAACUCGCUUUGCAGAGACAUCAGCAGAGGCGAAGAAAAGAGUAUUCUAUCUCAAACCUGUCAGCACCGGGCCGGAUUCAGAGUCCGAUACCAGCUAUGUAAACCGAAACACCAAGCCAUGGUCAGACUACAUCUCGACCCGCAACUUGUAUCAAUAUCGCGAGCCCAUGUCCCCUCAUCUCGCGGCGAAGCUCGCCCCAGACCUCGUAGGUCGCCCCAUCCCUCCAUUCCCGCAAACCAACGAAGAGCUUGUCCGCGGGAUAGAGUCAUACACCGAGCAGUGCCUCAAGGAACUGAAUGGCGAGGAGGGCGCUCUCUUUGUCGAGACUGCCGGCGGUGUACACUCGCCCGCUCUCCAUCCUCCCCAUACCCAAUCCACCUUCCUCCGUUCGCUCAGACUACCUUCUGUGCUCGUCGCCUCGCCUCAUCUGGGCGGCAUCUCGACGACAAUCUCGGCAUACGAGUCCCUUCUCGUGCGGGGUUACUCUCUUUCAGCUGUCCUCUGUCUUCACGACCCGUAUUACCGCAACCACACCUUCCUUGAAGAUUACUUCAAGGACCGUGGUAUCGGCUACUGGACUAUCAAGACCCCGCCAGAAAAGUAUGGGACGGUGGAAGAAGACGGUGUGAGGCUUGAAGAGUGGUACAAGGAUGUUGAGAGGAGCGUGGAGGGAGAACUGGGAGGUGGUGUAGGCGAUGCAGCGAGAUGGUUGGAAGAUGGCCACAAGAAGAGGAUUGGAGAGCUUGGGACUAUGCCGCAGAGGACUCUUGAUAGCGUAUGGUGGCCGUUCACCCAACAUCAACUUAUCAACAAGAGGGAAGAUGUUAUGGUGGUCGACUCUGCAUACGGGGACAACUUUGACGCCUUCUAUACCAAGCCCGGGGGUAAAGAGAUCUCCAAGAAUGAAAGUCUGCUCAAGUCCUACUUUGAUGGCUCUGCUAGUUGGUUCACACAAUCUCACGGACACGCCAACGAGCACCUCACCCUCGCAGCCGCCUCCGCUGCCGGCCGAUACGGCCACGUCCUCUUCCCUUCUGGCACCAACGCCCCUGCCCUCGAUCUCGCUGAGAAAUUGCUUUCAACCGUCGGUCAAGAUUGGGCUAGCCGAGUCUUUUACUCGGAUAAUGGCAGUACAGCUAUGGAGGUCGGACUGAAGAUGGCGCUGAGAGCUGCAGGUCGGCGGUAUGGGUGGGACGGAGAGCUGGGAGGAGAUGUGGGCGUUAUCGGGUUGAGAGGCAGUUAUCAUGGAGAUACGAUCGGGUCAAUGGACGCUACACAAGCUUCGACGUUCAACAAGGCUGUCGACUGGUACAGAGGCAGAGGCCACUGGUUCUCACCUCCCAUGGUCCAAUUCGUCGACGGCAAACCUUCCGUCCUCUCUACCGCCCCCGACUCUUGGCCCACCCUCCCCUCCUCCCUCUCUAGCACCCCCACCCCAGAUGGCUGGCAAGUCGCCUUCCCUUCCUACGAAGCUAUAUACGACAUCUCAUCCCGUUCUUCUUCUCCCCUCGCUACAUACUACCGCGCACACAUCCGUGAGACUCUGGAGAGGUUGACCAAGGAGGGAAAGAAGUUUGGCGCGCUGGUGAUGGAACCGACGUGUCUCGGCGCGGGCGGUAUGGUGUUUGUGGACCCCUUGUUCCAAAGCUGUAUGGUGGAGGUCGUUCGGGCGAGUGGUGACCUUUUCGCCAAGGAGUGGGACGGAGGAUCGUAUGAGCAAGAACUCGAGGGGCUCAAGACCCGAGAUGGAGGUGAAUGGCAGGGACUGCCCGUCCUGUACGAUGAAGUCUUCUCCGGUCUCAACCGAUUCGGCUACAACUCUGCCGCCUCUGUCCUUGGCCACACCCCCGACAUCUCUGCCUACGCCAAGAUCCUCACCGGUGGUCUAUUACCACUCUCAACCACCCUCGCUUCCCCCUCCAUCUUCAAAGCCUUCCUCUCUGAACACAAGGUUGACGCGCUUCUGCAUGGGCAUUCGUACACCGCCAACCCUAUUGGGUGCUCGGUAGCACUGGAAGCGAUAAAGUUGACUCAGGAAUACGAGAACAAGGGCGGGUGGCAGGGGGAGAAGAAGAUGUGGGGGGUGGAGGAUGGUGGUAGAUGGAGUUUCUGGAAGAAGGAGUUUGUGGAGGGGAUCAGUCAGAUUGAGGGCGUCAAGGGGGCGAUGGCUAUGGGUACUGUGGUCGCCAUCGAGCUGCAGGAUGAUGAGAGUGAUUACUCUUCCCACGUCGCCCUCGAGUUCCUCAACGACCUCCGCAAGAUUGCCGUCUCUCCCUCUUCCUCCGAAACCGAGUCCAUCACGCCCUUCUCCCCCUUCCAGAUCCACUCUCGCCCCCUCGGUAAUGUCGUCUAUCUCAUCACGAGCUUGUGGACAAAGCCAGAAGUGAUGCGCGCGAUGGAGGGGGUGAUUGAAGAGAGGUUGAAGAGCAGGGCAGAGUUUGGGGAGGUGCUGAAGGCUAGGAAUGCGUAA